AUGAACCUCCAAGUAGAGCCACCGGAGAAGAAGAGGAAGAGGAAGACGAAGAAUUCGUCACCCCCACCUUCUCCUCCGUCGUUUUCUUUACUUCCAGAUGAGAUCACCGUGGACUGUUUAGCCCGGAUCUCUAGGUCGUAUUACCCGACACUCUCAACCGUUUCCAAAGGCUUCCGGUCACUUCUCUCUUCCUCCGAGCUCUACGCAGCUCGAUCUCACCUCGGAAACACGGAGAAGUGUGUCUAUAUCUGUCUGUCGGAUCCCAGUCAUCAACAUCCCCAGUGGUUUAGACUGUGGACUAACCCUAAUCGAAAUAAGAAAAAGAAGAAGACAAUCGGACGGUUGUUGGUUCCGCUUCCGAAUUAUACUCUUCCUUCACUGCCAAGUCUCACCACCGUAGCUGUGGGUUCAGAAAUUUAUGCAAUCGGCGGACCAGUCAACAGGGCACCGUCCUCCGCCGUGCGGGUCCUAGAUUGCCUCAGUCACACUUGGCGCGAUGCCCCUAGCAUGAAUGUAGCCCGGUCAUACGCCUGGACAUGUGUCUACGAUGGGAAAAUAUAUGUUUUUGGAGGGGAGGAGGACGAACCAUGGGCUGAGGUAUUCGACACAAAGACUCAGGUUUGGAAACGCCUCCCUAAUCCGAGUAAGGAGGUACGUAAAUUUAGCAUUUAUAAAAUCAAAGAGGUCGAAGGAAAGAUUUACGUUGGUUAUUUUGGAGGAAGAACUGCUUACUACACAAAGCAAGGUGAAUGGGAAUACGGUGAAGGCUUGGCUCUAAAGAUUCCGAGGUCAGAAUUUGCGAGGACACACUUGUUAAGACGCAUUACGUUUCUGUUUUGUGCUGACGAGUGCUUGUGGUAUGAAGUUGAGAGUGGUGCUGGGACUAAAGUGAAAGGGUUAUUUUGUGUUAUCAAACUUGUGAUCGAGUCUUGA